AUGGGGACAGAGCUGCCGGAAAGCUUUACCCAGCACUCCGGUCACAAAAUUGAUAUAGACAACAAAGAUGGCUUGAUAGCGACUGGUAAGGCAGAUGCUGCUCUGGAGUUUCUGCGCACGGAAGACAUCGCAGUCCUCACAGAGGUGGACGAGAAAGCACUUGUACGAAAGAUUGACUGGAUGAUCAUGCCGCUGAUGUGGGCUGCCUAUAACCUGCAAUACCUGGACAAAGUGCUCAUAAACUAUGCCUCUGUCAUGGGCUUGCUCAGCGACACGAAUAUGCACACGGAUCAAUUUUCGAAUCUCACGCUUGCAUUCUAUGUGACUUACCUUUUCUUUGAGCUUCCAACCGGGUUUCUCAUGCAGCGCUUACCUACAGCCAAGUACUUGGGAUUCAAUGUGACCCUUUGGGGUCUUAUGACAACUCUGAACUGCACCGCAAAGAAUUUCCCAGGCCUGAUGGUUCUUCGUGUAUUGCUUGGAUGCUUUGAAAGUGCAAUUGCGCCGGCAUUGAUCUUGAUAACAUCGAUGUGGUACAAGAGAGACGAACAGCCCCAAAGAAUGGGAAUUUGGUAUCUCGGCACAGGAACAGCUUCGAUCAUGGGUGCCCUAGUAGCCUAUGGACUGCUCUUCUACACGUCAAACCAGUUCAAACCUUGGCAAAUCAUGUUCCUCAUUUUUGGUCUCAUCACAAUUGCGGUGGGAAUAUGCAUAUUCUUCUUUCUUCCAAACAACCCCAUGACGUCUCGUCUCACACACGAAGAGAAAGUCCUCGCUAUCGAACGCCUGCGCGAGAACCAAACAGGAAUCGAAAAUAAGCACUUCAAGCGCAGCCAGCUCAGAGAGGUCUUCUGUGAUCCACAGACGUAUCUUAUUGCCAUCAUCGUCACUGCCAUGGAUGUCCCCAACGCUGCCAUGAGUAGCUUCACCUCGCUCAUUAUCCAAAACUUCGGAUUUACCACCAAGGAAACCGAACUGCUGAACAUUCCAAACGGAGCAGUAAGCAUCGUCAGUAUCUUGACUGUGUCGUACUUCGCCGGUCGAUACAAUCAGCGCUGUGUAUGUGUCGCCGCAUCGCUAGCAUGCGGGCUGUUAGGCGGGUGUCUGCUCGCAUUCUCCCCUGCAGACCAGAAAGCCGCACAGCUCGCGGGGAAUUAUCUGACGCAGGUCACUGGCUCGGCGUUGCCGAUCAUGUAUUCCCUCGCUGGUGCCAAUGUUGCCGGCCACACGAAGAAGGUCUCCAUGAAUGCCAUCUUGCUCAUGUCCUUUUGCCUGGGGAAUAUCCUUGGGCCACUGACCUUCCGUACCGAAGACGAACCGAACUACAUACCUGCCAAGAUCGCUAUUGUUGUGACUAUUUCCGUCGCCAUUGUUUUCACGUUUGCAUUGCGCACUUACUAUGUUUUGGAGAACCGACGGAGAGACCGUAGCCAAGUAGUGGAUUAUCAGGACAACGAGUUUUUGGAUAUGACAGAUCGGGAGAAUGGCCAGUUUAGGUACAAACUUUGA